GUCACAGGGUCAGACUGAUAUAGGGCUUAAAGGCAGACCGUAUGUGCAGACUCAGGUGGUACAGUCGGCUUCAGUCUUGCUGCUCUUUGAGUUUCAUCUCAUCAGGAUCCAUACUACCACAAGAUGAAAUUGGCAUUAGCUCUCAUUGUUGCACUCCAGGUGUCGGUGUGCCUGUGUGUGCUGCCAGAGCCAGAUGCGGAGCUUGUGAAAAAGUAUAACGAUUUAAAGGCUACUUUUCUCAAGAGGCUUGCUAAUGCCUAUGAGACUAUCCAUACCACCCUUGUGAAACUGGCUGAGGGCACUAUCACAGGCGAGAAGCUCAAGGAAAUCGCACAACAUGUAAAAGAAAACGAGAGGAUUCAAGUUAUUGCUAAGCUGGCCGCUGCUCUGGGUGAGGAGCUGCAGCCUGCUCUUGAGAAGGCACGUCUGGAUGCUCUUGGUGUGUAUGGCGAAUACCUGCGUCCCUACGUUGGCCUUUACCUCGACACUGCCAUCAACAACAUCAAACCCGUGCUGGACACAUGGCUGCCUGCUGAAAAACAUUAAAAUCAAGGCCACGUGACCUCCAACCACCUUCCCUACACCUCUGACUGUGCUGCCUGAGAUGCUUUAGCUUUAGCUAUUCAUUUCUCAAUUUCACAGAAAUCAGAUGUGCAAUCCUCCACCGCCAUAACAGGGAUAUCAUUACAGUAGAAGAAAUAACAAUGUGAUAGGUAGUCAUGUGCAGGUGUAGAUCAUAGGCUUGUACUGUACAUAACUGUAUAUUAUGAUGCUCUCCUGUACAUGCAUAAAAUGUCAACAUUUGUGCAGCAUUAAAUAAAGAAUAAAAACAGCAAUA